CCACACAACCUGCUCUACAUAUAACCCCACAGCACGCAACUACCCACAAGCCCGAAAACGACACCCCGUCAAACUCUUGCCUUACGACAACUCAAAACACCAACAAAAGCUCAUAACCUGCAACUUGCUCAGCAAAACCAGUCAGAUCCCAAGCUCUCCCAUCAACCCAUUUCAGCUCUCUCUCUAGCCAUCAUGAAGAUUUGCACUGCUGCAUUGGCGGUGGCGGUGGUGCUGAGUGUUUUCUUGGGUGCCAGCAGCGACGGCGAUAUGCCGUCAACGACUCCGCGGGUGAAGACGGUGAGGGGAAAGAAGGUGUGUGACAGAGGGUGGGAGUGUAAAGGGUGGUCCCAGUACUGUUGCAAUCUCACCAUCUCCGAUUUCUUCCAAACUUACCAGUUUGAGAAUCUCUUCUCCAAAAGAAACACGCCGGUGGCGCAUGCCGUUGGGUUUUGGGAUUAUCAGUCGUUUAUUACUGCUUCUGCCCUCUUCCAGCCUCUUGGGUUCGGGACCACUGGUGGGAAGCGUAUGCAGAUGAAGGAGAUCGCCGCCUUUCUUGGACAUGUUGGCAGCAAAACCUCUUGUGGUUAUGGUGUGGCCACAGGAGGACCAUUGGCCUGGGGACUUUGCUACAACAGGGAAAUGAGUCCCAUGCAGUCAUACUGCGAUGACUAUUACAAAUACACAUAUCCCUGCACUCCUGGAGCUGAAUACUAUGGUCGUGGUGCUUUGCCGAUCUACUGGAACUACAAUUAUGGUGCAGCUGGAGAAGCUUUGAAGGCUGAUCUGUUGAACCAUCCUGAAUACAUUGAGCAGAAUGCUACUCUUGCUUUCCAGGCUGCAAUAUGGAGGUGGAUGACCGCUAUCAAGAAGUCACAACCCUCAGCGCACGAUGCAUUUGUUGGCAAUUGGAAGCCCACCAAGAAUGAUACUUUGAGCAAGAGGUUUCCUGGAUUUGGCGCUACAAUGAAUAUUCUUUAUGGCGAUCAAGUUUGUGGGCAGGGCGACAUUGAUGCCAUGAACAACAUUGUUUCCCAUUACCAGUACUACCUUGACCUUAUGGGUGUCGGACGAGAGGAGGCAGGGACCCAUGAAGUGCUAACUUGUGCCGAGCAGGUUGCAUUUAACCCAACCAAGGCUGCUGUUACUGCAUCUUCUUGAGCUCUAUUGGGCCUUGGGUUGCCUGCUCUAUCAGAUCCAUCUUCUUCUCUCAUCAGCUAAGCAAUUUAAAAAGAAAAAAGAAAAAAAUAUCAAAACCCAUCCGAGGGCAGGACUAUCAAUAAAAAGAUGUCGAAGGUAGAUGUUAAUAUAAUUAUUUUAAUUUUUACGUGUGAAGAUGCAUAUCUGUGGAAGUAUAUGGUUUGCUGAUUGAUUUGUUGCCAUACUUUGUUAAAUUGCUAUGUGAAUUUUGAGAUCCACUCGUUUCCAAGGUCGAAAUGUGUGGUUGUGUAGUUUGUAAUAUGUAAUAUGUAAUAUAUGAACCAUUUUGUCAGACUUGAAUGCGUAUGGACUUGUGAAUUUGUA